AUGAAGUCUUUUGCAUUAUGUGAAUCAGCUACUGGGUAUAUUUGGAAUUGUUUCUUGUACACUGGUAAGGAAAUGACUGACGGUUUUGCUCUUGACAUGCACAAAUACAAGUAUCAAGCUACUAAAAUUGUUAUUACGCUAAUGGAUAAUUUAAUUGGUAAUGGCUAUUGUUUACAUGUUGACAACUGGUAUACAUCUUAUGAAAUUUGCAAGGUAUUACUGGAUCAUAAUACUGAUUGCAUUGGCACAUUACGUAUUAACCGAAAACAGUUACCACAAGAUAUAAAAAAUUCUAAGAUUAAAACUGGCGAUACUUUAGUUCGUUUUGAUACUAAAACAAAUAUAAUGUGUACCAAAUGGAAAGACAAAAAAGAUGUACACAUGCUGAGUACCUGUGUUCAAAAUGAUACAGUCGUUGUUAAUAGAGCUGGUAAAGAAAAAAAUAUUCCUCUUGUGAUACAUGAGUAUAACAAAAACAUGGGUGGUGUUGACCGAUCUGAUCAAAUGUUAACAACAUACGAAUCCGAAAGAAAAAGGGUGAAAAAAUGGUACAAAAAGAUUUUCAUGCAUUUGAUUAGUGUUAGUGCAUUCAAUGCAAAUAUUAUAAACAAUAAAAUAUCACCUAAUAUGACAUCCUUGCAGUUUAGAGAGUCCAUUAUUAAAGAGAGUAUUGUCAAGUACCAUGAAUCAGUUGAGAAAAAAAGAAGUCGAACUCGAGUAUUACCAUCUCCUUUAAGAUUAGUAGAACGUCAUUUUGUCGAUGCUAUACCAGCAACAGAAAAAAAUAUAAAACCAUGUAGAAGGUGUGUUGUCUGUUCUGAAAACAAAGUUAGAUCAGAUACCCGAUAUAUGUGUGUAGACUGUAAUGUUGGUUUAUGUGUUGUGCCUUGUUUUAAGUAUUACCAUACAAAAGAAAACUUUAAAGCGUACUAA